AACGCGCUGCCACUGGGAGUCUGACAUCCUCAACAGUCAUGCCUGCCGUGUAGAAAGAAACCGGCUGCUGUAACGCAUCGAAGCUUGGCAAAUGCGAUUUUAGAAAAUGAUGUGCUAAAUUGUGUUAUACCCACAUUUGUUUUCCAGUGAUGGGGGGAAUAAAGCAGAGAUAAUUGAACAGCAUGUAGCUAUUGCAUUUUUUCCUCACUCAUCGGAUUAUAAUCUGGGGUUACCUAAUCUCUGGUAAUCUGAACUAAAUCUAUCUAAUUGUGGUAGAAAACUACACUCCCGCUGUUCUGGUGCACCGCUUUGCGCGUCAGUUGGUCUUGUUGGACACCGUGCCGCCAAAAGGAAAUUAUCAAUUGAUUCUCCAAGAUUUAAGGACAUUAAGAGAGUACAUCUGUACCAAAUUCUCUUAAGAGUGAAAUUAAGGCUAAUUGGAAUCUGGAGACCAAAUGUCGCAUUAAAACGCGCAGCAGCUGUUUUUUCCAGAGAUUAAGAACAUUUAGCAUUUUUUUCAUGUUGAAAUAUUUAUGCCGUGGAUAUUUGUCUACCGUUUCAUGACAGGGUUGAUAUUAUAUGUGAGAGAGUUCGGGCCGGGGUGUUGUAAGCGUGUUCUGGGAGUAAUGGGCGCGCCAUCCAAUGGUGGCAUCUAUUCCACACAACAGCGUUAGCACGUCAUCAGUUCACAUCUACGAAACGAGUUUUAUUUAAUGAGGACAUGUGAGGGGAUCUGAGUGUAAGAAAAACAGAUUGGAGAUCAGAUAGGCUACAUGUUAGAAAUACUAGAGGCGAGCAAGACGUGUGAUAAAUCAUUUGAUCAAGUGGACAAGAACAGACUGAUGCUGGACUGUGCACUGUCUGGAAGCGUGUCGCUUUUUAAAAGACACAUGCGACUCGAUUUUUAAAAAAAAAGUAUAAUUGCAAUUGAAUUCGGAGUCGUUUGUGUGUGACUGUGAAUGGAUUUGCAUUGGCCAGCCUAUUCCGUGAAGACUGGCAUAUUUAAUGUACGAUGAUCACACAUCGUCGCUUGUCUGUGCUGUCUGGACAAUCCUGUUGAUUUAAACAUUAUUCCCGUCUAUGUUUUGGCGGAUUCUUUCGAAGGCUCUCUGCAUCUCCAUUCUCGUUCUAUGAGGUAUCAUCUGUUGCUGCAGCCGGAUUAAUUGACAUUGUCAUGCAUUUGGAUUGACUCUAGCUGCUGGAGAUGUAGGCAAUCAGCAAUUCAUAAUUUCCCCAAUUUAACAUGUUUUAUUUCAGGUAAAAUGGGAGAACGAUUAUUGUUACUAUUACUGCUACUCUUAUCGUUACAUGCGGAUUGUGAUAGCCUACAGCAGACGAGCCAUUCAAAAUCGUCCAUCUCCACAGCAGCCGGCUUCUCUGAGAUUUGAUCGUUACUUUAUUGAAUCAGACUGUAAUAUCCCCUUCACGAGACGGAUUUCGGCUUGAAGUAGGUCUAGUAUUGGAGACAAUACGGGAAUUGUGGAGGUAUUGUAUUUAUUUCUAACUCGGUUAUUCCUUCACAACUGAAGAUAAAUGUUGAUGAUGGGGGACGAAGAAUUGGCUCAUCAGGUUGAUUCGGAUUUCGAGCCGCAAAACCGGCCUCGCUCGUGCACUUGGCCACUGCCUUGUCCGGAGGAUUUCCCCAAAGUACUGGAGGUCAAUGGGGGUCUUCCACUGACCACCAUCAAGGUGGAACCAGAUGACAAUCUAGCCGCUUCUGCGUGCAGAGCGGGGAGAAUGGGUGGCACGCCGACGGAGCUGAAGCAUCCAGCAGUCGCCCCUGCUCCCAUCGGCGCGACGCACCCAUGCUUGGCCGGCGCGGCACUUGAUGUGACUGGACAAUUGCGCAAAGCCAAAUCCUCGCGGCGGAACGCAUGGGGUAACCAAUCGUACGCGGACCUUAUCACACGAGCCAUUGAAAGCACCCCUGAAAAAAGACUCACGCUAUCACAGGUCUACGAUUGGAUGGUCCGCUAUGUUCCCUAUUUCAAAGAUAAGGGCGACAGUAAUAGUUCAGCUGGAUGGAAGAACUCCAUCCGACACAACCUGUCCCUCCACACGCGCUUCAUCCGGGUGCAGAACGAAGGCACGGGUAAGUCCUCCUGGUGGAUGCUCAACCCUGAGGGGGGCAAGAUGGGCAAGGCCCCUCGCCGGCGAACCGUCUCCAUGGACAACAGCACCAAGUACCUGAAGAGCAAGGGCCGGGUCAGCCGCAAGAGGGUGGGCAGGCCGGGGAUUGGUUCUGGGGCUCAAGUGGGGCUCCAGGCUUCCCCUGAGCAGGGUAGCCCACCGGGGAAGGUUCUCCCAGGCAACAUAGGGGGAGCUGGGGGUGUGGAAGGAGAGUUUGACGCCUGGACGGAGCUCCACUCCCGGGCUAGUUCGUCUACUUCGACCCUGAGCGGGCGCCUCUCGCCCAUCCUGGCCGAGGUCGAGCUGGAGGAGUCAGAGGAAGGCGGGCUCUCCUGCUCGGCCUCGCCCCACCUCUACCCCUCCCCCUCAUCCAGCGCACGUUCCCCGGCCAUGGGGGCUGCGGGAGGCCACUGUCCACCUGUGGAGCAAUUGCCCCAGCUGGCUAAUCUCACGGGGGCGAUCAGCCUGGAGGAGAGGCUCCUGGAGGAAGGCUACCACCAUCAUCAUCCUCACCCAGCGGCAGGCCACAAACUUCCCCCGGUCUAUCAUUACAACCCUGGGGUUAAAGGUCAGGGGACGUACUGCGGCACAGUCUACAGCCAGGCUGGGAUGGGCAUGCUGCACCACCACUCACCCAUGCAGACCAUCCAGGAGAAUAAGCCUGCUAGCUUCGGCGGCACCAUGCGGGCCUACUCAGGGACCAACGCCCUGCAGAGCCUGCUGACAGGAGGCCCCGGAGUUCCACAGCAGUACUGUGCCAAGGACAUAAUACUGGGCCAGGAGAGAGAUGACCACCCCAUGAUGGGGCCCUCCACGAACGGAGUGAGCUCCACCCGUCACAGCCAUCACUCCGGACACAACGGACAUGCAGCACACAGUCACAAUGGCAGCCACACAAACCACAACUCGGCUCACAGCCACAACGGCCACAACGGUACUCAGAGUCGUAACCUCAACCCUGUGACCAACCACAACCACAACUCUCCUCAUCUUGGCCACAACCUCAGUCAGAACCACAGCAACCACACAACGCACACACCGACUCAAGCCCCAGCCCCAGCCCUGGCCCCACGCAUCAGCAGUGGCCACCUCCAGCCCUACAGCCACAAAGCCCCCUAUCUUUACAGCCCCCCGUCCCACGCCCACCUCCCCGCUUCCACCACCCUGCCACCCAACCCGGCCGGCAUGCUGGGGAUGCCUCAGGACUCCUGCCACCUGGCCACCGCCCCCCACCCCUCGCACCCCUGCCACAACACUUACCCCAGCCCUCAACACCAAGGAAUGGGCAGUGGACUGUACCACCACCAACGGGGCAUGGUGGGAGGUGGCACAGGAGGCAGCUACCAUGGUAGCUCAUACCACCAGCCUCACCCCCACGAGAGACUACCAGCUGAUCUGGACCUGGAUAUCUUCCACGGGAGCUUGGACUGCGACGUGGAGUCCAUCCUCCUCCACGAUAUCAUGGACUCCGGAGAGGAAAUGGACUUCAACUUUGACAGCUCCUUGGCCCAGGGGGUGGGGAUGGGGAUGGGGAUGGGCGUGGGGGUGGGGGUGGGCAUGAGUGGACUGGCAGGUCCUCAGCAAGCCCACAACAACCAGAGCUGGGUGCCCGGCUGAGAUGUUUCCCGGAGUGCUUCCGGGCAGGCCUCAGAAAAGACUCCACUACCCAGAGUGCUGCAGGCCAGCCCUCACCGCCCCUCAGAUAGACAGACUCCACCCCCUCCCCACUAACAUGUUGGGGAGCACUGUGCUUGACUGUGUCAUUCCUGGACUGAAAACAGAGGAGAUGGGACAAACACUGUCACUCACUUCCCAUACCUUUCUAUGUUGUGUUAUAAAAAGCCCCUGUCCCUCCCUGCCCGGACUCCCUCUGGAUAUUGUAGCUCAUGUCACAUUGGUUUUUCUCACAUCAGCUGUAUACUGUGAUGACAAUCUCAACUGUGUUGUUUCCCAACCUUGUUCCUUUCUCAUCUACUAUCAUGAGACCUGAACUCACCAAGCACUUUAAAAAAAAGUGGGUCAGACUCCACAGCUCACUCACAAACAGACCUGGGUUCAAAUACUAUUCAAAAUCCUUUCCAUCACUUUAUCUGGGCUUGAUUGAGUUUGCCUGGUGCAAUGGAACCAAUAGAAUUGUCGCAAAAGUGCAAACCCCGCCUAUCUUGCGCUCCAGGCAGACUACAGCAAAAGCUGAACGGAUUUUAAAUAUCUCAAAUGGUAUUUGGACCCAGGACUGCUCACGUAGAAGACAAAUUCAUGCAGAGUUUGGCUGUUUGCAAGGCGGGUACGGUAUUUGACAUAUCAUUUUGCUGAACAAAUAAAGAAAGUGCAAGAAUCAGAAUCUGUAGUUACAUUUGUGGGAAAGAUGUAUAAUGGGGGUUGCUAUGCUGCUACGUUUACUGCCAGUGGGAAGCAGGGAAAAUGUCAGCAAAGAUUUCUGAUUGAUUGCUUAUUUGGUCUCUUUGUCGUUGGCUCGUAUUAGUCAAAUUCUACAUUUUGGGAAAGACUCUUACAACAACCUGUGCCUCCUCACUGACCUAAUUGAAAACUAUAAUCUGGUGCUUUACUUCACUGUGCAAGUCAAAAUGUAUGUUAUAUUAGUCAGUUGCAUUCUGUCAUUAUGUCAAUUGAUUUAAUCUUCGGAAUAUUCAGAAGAGAACAUUUGAAAUGGCGUAUCACCUUGCCUCAACCAGGGUUUAUUUUUUCUUUGUGGCGCCAGCUUUUUUUCUUUAGCUUUUUUCAUUUUCUUUUUUUGCCCCUCUCUCUCUCCUUUCUUUAACCUCUCUCUCUCCUUUCUUUAACUCCUCUCUCUCUCUCUCUC